AUGGCAGGGAAGCGUAAACGCGAUAGGGACCUCAGCCUCCCUCCGCCCUCGGCGCAGGCCAUCAAUCCACACAGCUACCCGCCAGCAAAGCUUGCACAGUUUGCCGUGGCAGGCCUCUCAGACACCGACGAAGACCCUGCCAAGGAGAUAAAGGACUUUCCGCACCGUGGAUUCAAGUACCAGCCCUCCGAACCGGCCUUGGAGUCCGAUUACGAUAUAGGCCCCGAGGAUGAGGGUGACGACGAGCCGGCCCCGGAGACGAAACCAAAGAGAGUGCCAGACGCGCAUCAGCGGCACCUGGCUGUCCUCACCAAAUCUAUACACCAGCUUCUCGGCCAGGGCCAUGUGGCAAAGGCGGCCCGCGCUUUCGGACUGGCGCUGCAGCUACGGCCGAGCUCGCGCCCUCUGGACCUUCGUCACGACAACCUGUGGGCCCUUGGAGCAGAGAUAAUCAUGCGCGAAGGCGAGGAGUAUCUCGAAGAAGCUCGGAGGAACAAGGAUAGCCAGGAUAAACAGGAAUAUGGGGGCACCCUUGGCACGGGAGACGGAUUUCAAGUUCCUCCACCACGUUGGGGCUCAGCAGCCAACAUGAACAAGUUGAGAGCAUACCUCGAGACGCUGAUCCGACAGCACCCAUACGACCACAGGGCCCCCAAGAAGAUCUCGGCGCUGCAAUUCAACAUUAGUCUGUACAGCUCCGAGGUUUACAACAUCUACGCUGAGUACGCGGCCGGUCUCGCGGGGGCGGGGACGCAGACGGAGGACGAACCUCCAGUCGAUGAAAGCCCGGUGCACGACUACGUCAACAUGUCGCUGGAGACGCUGGAUGAGGACCGGAGCUUCCACUUUACCGAGCCGCGCCGCCUGAAAGAACUUUCUUUGACCCCCCAGGACAAGAUCCGGACGCAGACCCUAGGCGCUAUCAAGACCGUGGCGGCACGCAUGGACGCGCUCAUGCGCGAGCUGCCGUACAGCAAGAACCAUGAGAUGCUCCGGUUGCGCGCCGCAGCGUCGCUGUUUAUGGCUGAUCUUGUGGUCCCAGCAGCUGGCGGUGCGGCGGCUGAGGAUCCGCAAGUCGUCGACGAUCAGCGUCGCCGGGACAUCGAGGCGGCGAGGCAGGUGCUGCGGACGGUCCUGGGGAGCGGAGGGAUCCUUGACGACGCGUCGCGGGCGCUGGUCGAGGCGGACGAAGCCGAAGAGAGCUUGCGCCUGGAGGCUCAGAUUUACUCUGCCACACCUACCCGCGAGACUUGA